AUGGCGAACCGAUUUGAGGAAUAUCAGAUUAAUGCCCUCAAAAUGGCAUUUGAGCAAUCCCAACACUUGACAAGAGAGAAGAAGGCUGAACUGGUGACUGCUACAGGACUGGAUGUGGAGCAAAUUACUAGCUGGUUCAACAGGAAUCGAACCAAAAAGCGUGUUAGGAAGUCAAUAGGGGACUUACAUCAAACCAAGGCUGAGCUUCAACAAGCGCUGCAAGUACUCCAGGAAAGCCAAGAGAGGGAAGCUAAACUCCAAAAAGAGCUUCAAGAAAGCAAAGAGAAGGAAGCUGAGCUCAGAGCUGAAAACCAGAAUUUACAACAUCAACUGGCACUCAGGGGAAGAGAAUCAGGUGAUUCACAGUUUGACUACUACUUGUGGUCUGAAAAUGUUCUAGGGCUCAACUCAGAGCAUUCAUCUUCCUAG